UGAAGAAAACGAUUACAACGGACAUGAUUGAGGAAAAACGGCAAGCAAGUACUAGGCUAGUCUUAACCCUAACGGUAUAAACCAUGGAAGCUGAGUGCAAGCGGUCCUCUUCUGCUGUGUUUUCUCCAUCCGAAACGAAACUGGGGAGAGCUUUGUCUCAGACACGGUUAAAUUCUCUCGAUCAGCCCGAUGUUUUUAGUUCUCAGACGUCCCUAUGUCGGAGUAGUACCGGAGGGGUCCGACGGAGAAGGAUAUCAAGUAGCGCCAGUGUCGACGUCUCGGAGACGAGUCCAAGUGCUGAGGCGAGGGUCCUGGUUAUUAACACGGGAGGGACAAUUGGAAUGAUGUUACAUGAUAAUGUGUUAUGUCCAGAACCUAAUGCAUUUUUGAAGGCCCUGAAGACUCUGCCAAUCAUGCACGAUGAGCAGUAUGCUCAGCAUACCAAAUUGUACGACUUCUAUGGACCCGCAGAGAACACCCUAGUCCUCCCGCUCUCUAAGCAGAAAAAGAGGAUUAUUGGCACUGUGAUGGAGUAUUGCCCCUUACUUGACUCUUGCAACAUGACCACGGAUGAUUGGGCCACCAUUGCAAAAGACAUUGAGAAACACUAUGAGAAGUAUGAUGGCUUUGUGAUCCUGCAUGGCACUGACACUAUGGCCUAUACGGCAUCAGCUCUGUCCUUCAUGUGUGAGCACUUGGGAAAACCCGUCAUCCUCACUGGCUCACAGGUUCCCAUAUAUGAAAUGAGAAAUGAUGGCAGAGACAACCUGCUGGGAGCACUUUUGAUCGCAGGACACUUUGUUAUCCCAGAGGUUUGUUUAUACUUCCAUCACAAUCUGUACCGAGGAAACCGCGUCACAAAAGUGGACGCUGGGAGCUUUAAUGCUUUCAGCUCUCCAAAUCUGGCCCCAUUGGCCACUGAAGAAGUGGACAUAAAAAUCAACUGGGACACUGUCUGGCGGGCCAACACUACAGCCAAGUUCACUGUCAACACUGAGAUGAAUCGUAAUGUUGGCCUCUUGCGUCUGUUUCCUGGCAUUACAGCAGAGACGGUCAGGGCUUUCCUGCAACCACCUAUGGAGGGCAUUGUUCUAGAGACCUAUGGAAGUGGCAAUGGUCCAAACAAUCGCACUGACUUGUUGUUGGAGUUCCAGAAAGCCACAGAGAGAGGUGUGAUCAUCAUAAAUUGCACGCAGUGCCUCAGGGGUUCUGUGACCACAUCAUAUGCAACAGGAAAGUCCCUUAGUGAUGCUGGUCUAGUGGCUGGUUGUGACAUGACCCCUGAGGCUGCUCUGGCUAAACUAUCGUAUGUGCUGGCUAAGGAUAUAUCUCAACUAGAUAAGAAGAAGAUGUUGAGCCGUAAUCUGCGUGGUGAAAUGAUUGCUGACCUACGUGGAGCCAAACUUUCCCUUAGUGACAGUCGUUUCAUCCAAGUCAUUGCUAAGUCCCUUAGAAUCAGCUGCAAAGAGGAACUGGAGGGUAUUCGUGAUGCCCUGAAUCCUACCCUGGCUUGUGCAGCUGCCAAGAUUGGAGACAUUGAAGCUCUGGAUGCCAUUAGGGAAAUGGGCAGCAGCCUUAGCAUGGAGGACUAUGAUGGCCGCACACCUCUACACAUUGCUUCCUGUGAGGGUCAUUUCAAAGUAGUGCAGUAUCUUCUUGGUCAUGGUGCUACAGUCUAUGCCAAGGAUCGUUAUGGUGAUACGCCAUUACGCAAUGCUAUGCGAUUCAGACAUAAAGACGUUGUAAAACUUUUGAGGAAAACUGGUGCCCAUCUCUCCCAUACUGAGCUUGAGGAUGCAGGAACAGAGAUGUGCAGUCUUGCUGCAAACUCAGAUGUUGAAGGUCUAGAGAUCUGGGCCCUGGCUGGGGUGGAUCUAAGCAUCCCUAGCUAUGAUGGACAGACAGCGUUUGAUGUGGCUCUGUCAGUAGGACAUCAGGAGGUGAUCGAUUUUCUUCAGCAGACUGAUUACUUCAGAACUCAGAUGAACCUGGAGCAAAUCGAUGAAGAAGAUGUCCUUCAGUUUACUGCCAGUCCUGGGAAGUCGUAAGGACACUCUCUUCUAUCACCCCCUUCAAAGGACAACUUUCUUCACCUCAAUUAAUUUUCCAGCACCGCCAGUUAACCAAUUACUUUCCGUCCAUUCAGGACAGCCUGAAAGCUUCUGUAGUCUUCCACUAUUGAUGAUGUUACAUAACAAUCGCCAUAGUGAAUAUAUGACUAGCAUGUGUCUGCACAUGAACACAUGGCUGUUUGUCACCCACGCAAUAUUCCUCUUUGUCACUCAUGGUUCAGUAUUAUAUUAAACGGUUAUUUGAGGUAGCAAUACACUGUUACAUGCACGUGACAUAGGAAUUUGUUGAAUGUUCUAUGUUUUCCACUGACUUUUAUGAGUUUCAGAAGUGGCAAACUCACACAUAUGUUUCUUCUAAGUGGUUCACCACCAGAUGUGUGGGUGAGUCAUUGUGAAGAAUAUUAUGAAGCACAAAAUCAUUUUGAGAAAAUGAGACUUGCUCUAAAGGUUACUUGUACCCGUCCACUGUGUAUAGCACUUGUGUGUAGCAUCUUUGCUGAGGUGUGUCCUUCAUGAUAUCACAGAAUGCUGUUUUUUUUUGUCAGUAUAAUGACUAUGCUGAUUUCAUAGGAAAGUCAAAUUUGUAUUUAGUAUUAGAUUAAUAACAUCCCUACAAGCAUAUGAAAUGCUUGCAAUAGUGUCAGCAACUGUCAGCAAUUAAAUGUUAUACUUGUGGUAUUGACUAGUGAAGGAUGUUGAAAUAGUUUUAGACUCAGGUUGUUCAUACAAUCAUCUGCAAAUAUUUAAACUAUACCUCUUGGGUAGGCUACUUCAAAUCAGUUCACCAAAUUGAGAAAUGUUCAUGUUUUAUGUUCUAUCACAUUAAUGUAUCAUCUUUUGUCUCAGAUGAACAAAAUUAAAUAUAACUGUGAAGACAGAUGUUCACCAGUAUGAAUUCUUUUUAAAACAAAAACAACAACAACAACAAUAAAAAAACAACAUAUUCUAAUAAGCAAAUUCUGAUACGGUACUGGGCUAUUAAGCAUUCUAUCUAUCCUAUUCAUGAAAUACCAAUACAGCCUGAAAAGGAUCAGUUUUAUAAGACUGUUGCCAGAGUGUUCCCUUGACUGCAAUAAAGUGUUAUAAACUUUGAA